AUGGAUUUCUACUAUCAAGUCGUCAAGACGCCAGUCACCGCCCAUUCAACCUGUUCGAUCUUCUCCUUAAGCAGCCCCGGCCCUGAGCCCAGAGUCAACUUCGGAUACGAGCCCGAAUACCCUUAUAACCUCGAUUUCGACAGCCUGAAGCUUGCUGACGGGUAUGCAAUGGGCAUGCGUUCAGCGCCUCUCUAUCCCUCGACCCUCGAAGAAAGGGAGGAAACUCCCUCGAAACUACGCGAAGUAGCUACGCCAGGGUUUGCCAAAAGCAACUUCAAUGAAACUCACCAUGGAUAUGAGAAUGAUGCCGAAGAAGCGAGUAUCAAAGCCUAUAGAGAUGAAUAUCACGAUGAGCAACCUACGUCGGGCUCAGAAACAAACACCUCAGCUACCACCCCGUCCCUCACAGAUACCCCUAUCACAGCUGCUACUACUUACAACUCAGCCAGCCUCGUGGAUCACGAUGCUAUCACCGUCCCUGUCGAGGAGAAAACUGUCUACCAGAGCCCAUCUCCUCCACCUCCCCCUUCACCUGCACCCAGGCUCCUAGAGCCACCACCAAAGAAGUCCUCAGCAUGCGGAAGCUAUGAAAUCUACAAGAACUCACUCCCCUUCCGCCAACUAGGCUGGGCCUCCGAGGGUCAAACUGUCACUAGAGAAAUUACUCUCCCUCCUCGCCUCGUCCAAGUCGAGUCUCCUUCUCCUUCUCCCUCUCCACCUCCACGGCUACCACCACACAGAAUGGCUGUUCGCGAACCACUGGUCCCCAUGCUCAUAUACAAUGAGAACGGUGAAGAAAGAUAUGUGUCACGCUACAAUUACCUGCCCGCCGGUCGACAGGCUAGGGAUCCAACGCCCAAUGCUCUCGAGUUACUCCUUGCUCAGGCUCGUUCGAGCGGAUUUACUACCGAAGCACCAAGGCCAAGAUACCGUCCUUCGGCUGCCAGUAGGGAUUGGUAUGAUUCUGUGGUUUCAGAACGCAGGCCACUGUCCUCGGCCCGCAGGAGGGCUCGUGAGGGCCUAUUUGCUGCCUUGUCUCGUCGUACCGAGUCCCGUCCUCAGUACAACAACAAUAUUAUGCCUAACCCUCCAUUCCCUUGGAUGCGGAGGUAA